UUUGCUACGUCAGUGUAUGUACGGGACAGACUCAUUUCUUGUUUACCUCUAACAUUUUAAAAGAAUUUAUUGGUUUUCUUGAUACCUUGAGUCUACUAUCUAGUAAUUGAUUUAACAAGAUGGCACAAACAGUAAGUCAACCACGUCAAAACUUCCAUUUGGAGAGUGAAGCUGGUAUUAACCGACAAGUGAAUAUGGAGCUUUAUGCCAGCUAUACUUACCAAUCCAUGGCAUUUUAUUUUGAUCGUGAUGAUGUCGCUCUACCAGGAUUCAGUAAAUUCUUCAAGAGCUCUUCCGAUGAAGAACGGGAACAUGCUGAAAAACUGAUGAAAUAUCAGAAUAAACGUGGUGGACGAGUCGUUCUUCAAGAUAUCAAGAAACCUGAAAGAGAUGAAUGGGGAAGUGGUUUGGAAGCUAUGCAGGUAGCUCUACAACUAGAGAAGAGUGUAAACCAGUCUCUGUUGGAUCUUCAUGCUGUUGCUGAGAAACACAAUGAUUCUCAGAUGCAGGAUUUCCUGGAAGGAGAAUACCUGAAGGAGCAAGUUGACUCCAUUAAGGAGAUAUCGGACUACGUGACACAACUGAAGAGAGUUGGAACUGGUCUGGGUGAAUACAUCUUUGAUAGAGAAACUCUCAAUGGAGAAAGUUAAAUUCCCCGAGAUGAGAUAUCGGCAUAGUAUCCUAAUACUACCCAAUUUCAUUUGUUCAAAUAAAUAAAUAAAAAUUAAAGUUUACA